AUGGCUACUAGUCCCCAGCAAGCAGAUUUACAGCAGCUUCUGAGGCAUUUGGACCGACAGAAAGAAGCCUAYGACGAAGCUAUUCGCAGAGUACAGGAACACAUAGCAUUGCCACCUGCCUUUCCGGUCGACCCGUCUAUCGUACCAGAAACUUCGCGACAUUAUUCUCUGGACCGAACCCAUGCAAGUCAGUCCUUAUCGCCUCCGUCGCUGUAUAGCAGAGCGGACUUGCAGAUAUUGACCGGACUGUCCACUAUUGAGUCUUCUUCGGGCUCACGCCUGACAGGAGAUGAGUCCGACGAUGAGGCAGAUCAAAGCUUUUGUGUGCGGGAGCCUCUUCCACAGGAGAUUCAUGGAGAAGAUGAUUUCAGACAGCAUCUUCAAACGUAUCCCUGGGACGACGACGGCAAGAAAGUGCUGCAAGAAUUCGCUGGGAAUAAGUACAGACUCCAGCAGGAUCUCAUCUUGACCAAGAAGGGUCCGCUGCCAGAUCAAUCCCAUCACACUCAUUUCCAGAUAUUCGACAUCGGAGACAAUGGUGCUCCAAUGCUUGUUGAGGUCAAGCAUGAGGAUGUCACUAAUCGUCCAACUGCUCUUUGGCAAACUAUCAAAACUGUCAAUCCAGAUUCCAGGCAGCGUAAAGCUGUUGGAAGGGUUACAAUUGUCCGGGAGCCGGCUCCAGUCUUGUUUGGUGCUCUUCACUACACAAUGCAUAAGCAUUUCGACGUCGAUGAGCUGUUCAGAUGUCUCGUCGGAGCACAAUCAACAUGUUGUGACUUGGAUCGUGCAUUCGAUUCUGAUCCGCGGCGGCAAAGUUCCUUCGUGUUCUCGUUUGAGUACUUUACACUGAUUGGAGAAGACUGUCAGCCAUUAGCAUGGCAGCUCGCUGAUGCUCCGGCAUCACGGAAGCCUGGUCAUAUAGCCAUCACUCGAUGUAGCUCUAUCGUGGCAUUGUCUCUAGGAGGUGAUGCUAUCAAGAAGAUCCGCAAUCCGGAUCGUAGGGCUGGGACGACACAUGGAUUCGUGUAUGACCCAUGGAGUCCCUACCACAUUCUCAACAUCCAGUGCUUUCCCGACUGGGAAAGCUCUCUUGACGUGCAUAGCCCCACAGAGCACUACGUGAAUGGAGUCGAAGCCUUUCUCGUCACUGUUCUAGGCGAGUACAAAGAUGCCGAAAAGCGGUUUGAAGAUAUUUACAAGCAGAUCAGCAAACUCAUCACACCACCUCUAGCAUUCAUGUUCCAAUCCGACCUUCGAGACAAGCUCUUGUUUGAAGACGACAAAUAUACAUAUUCUCGACGCUACUUCUGGGCAUUUCAAACGCUUGGCAUCAUGAUUGAUAGUAUGGCUGCAAUGGUAGAUGCUUACGAAGAUACAUUCACAGACGAGGUGUGGGACGGACGACACCGUACUCUAUGGCCGCUGCUAGACCCGGAAUCUACUCGGAACAAGUACUACAAGAAGAAGCUAUCUGGAGUGCGACAAAACUUCGGAUAUCAAGUUGCACGCAUCAAAAAGCUGAUUCAAAGUUACGAGACGAGGCGCUUGGAGAUCAGUCGCCUAAGAGACCAACUUUUCUCCGGCACCAGUGUGAUGGAAGCCAGGAAGUCUGUUCAACAGGCCGAGAUCACCGUCCAGCAAGGCCAUAAUAUCAAAUUGCUGACCCUUGUCAAUCUCUUCUUUCUGCCGCUGACCUUUGUCACUUCAGUAUUUGGGAUGGAGAUUCUCCCAGAGCACGAACCCAUGUGGAGAUUCGCGGCCGUGACCGUCGCAAUCUGCCUCCCAUGUUUCAUUCUAAUCGGAUCUCUGAACUCCACAGCUGGUUUGAUCUGGUGGCAAUCCAGAUUCUCCGAAAUAUGGAACUAUCUCCGCAAGAUGUGGCCAUGUUCAACAUUCGCCAGUAGCGAGGAGCCACCUCUGAGCCGCACACCCACACUCGCAGUCCCGACCAAUGCGAAUGAUUACCCGCUMCCUAGUGGUAUGUCCACGAAUGCGAAAAUGGCGAAACGACUACGCAGACUUUCUUCACACAAGCAUGGUGACCGGGAGAAAGUCCCUCGGAUGCACGAGCUCGUACACGAAGACUCCAUCAUUCUACCGGGGACGGAUUUGCAAUGGAGCGAGUCGAGACAGAUAUCUAGAAGAAUGAGCGAGAGACUGGAAACGUCACCACUAGGACGRGCUCGGACGCCGAAGGAAGUGGCCUAA